UGUUCGCGAAUUUUUUUUGCAUACCUAACUCGGCGUCGAUUAUCCAGCUGAUUUUCUUAUCACAAAUAUAUAAACACGUUCAAAGUUCAUCUAUUGGUUAACAUCUUCUAAUUUUACUUAAUCAUAUGUUUAAUAAAUUUAAUUUACCGAAGGCCCUAGUAGCCAGUGUGAUAAUUUAGUUAGGGUUAUAUUGUAUAUAUCCCCUAUAAAUAAUAAUAAAUAAUAAAUAAAUUUAUGAAGGGGUAAAAAAAUGGCUUCCACAGGCCUUUUAGUUAUUUCCAAUAUAAAACAAGUCGGAACAUCGCUGCGAGCUAUAGAGAAGUAUGUAGGUAAAAUAUAUAUACACCUCAAUAUUCAGGCGGAAAAAUGUCAACCAAUGCCGACCUGGGGUCAUUUGAUAUCUCAAUUGUAUGUGGACCAUAAUCGAUCGUGUAAUAGAAGCUUGAAAAUGAGUAUAUUGGUAGGGUCAUUGAGAGGUCAGGGUAUCAAUGCUUUGCAAAUAAAUCCUGUCGAUAUGCUAUUUUGCGAUAGUUACUAUCCCGAACUUUGCGAACGUAUGCGACAACAUUUUGAUAUACCCAGUCAACCAAUUUACUUAGAACAAGAGUCAAAACCGGCCAUAGAUAUUAGCGAAUAUCAAAGUUUCAAAGAUUCUCAAAAAAUGUAUGAUACAGUAGUAGUUGGCGGAACUUUUGACCGUAUACAUGCAGGCCACAAGAUAUUCCUCACACAGGCGGUAAUUCGUUGCUGUCGCCGAUUGGUAGUCGGUGUAACUACGGAGGGAAUGAAUAAAUCUAAAACGCUUUCGGAAUUGAUACUACCUGUGGGGAAACGAAUAGAAGAGAUACGGGGAUUUCUUACGGAAAUUGACGCGAGUUUACAAUACGAAGUCGUUCCAAUCGAUGACCCAUUUGGGCCAACACUAACCGAUCCAGAUAUGGAUAUGAUAGUGGUGAGCGCCGAAACGCAAAGAGGUGGUCAGAAAGUAAAUGAGCUACGAACUAAGAAUAACUUGCGACCGCUUGAAAUAUAUUGUAUAAACAUUGUAGAAUCCAGUGAAAUGGGCGGUGGUCCGAAAGAAAAGAAAGUAAGUUCAAGCAAUACACGUAUCGACUUGUUAGGAACUCGACUAAAACAGAUUGAGACCCGUCCUAACUUAUAUGACGUGCCCUAUGUAAUUGGUCUUACUGGUGGCAUAGCUUCUGGGAAAAGUAUUAUGUGUAAUCGGCUGCUUAAAAAAGGUGCGCAAGUGUUGGAUUGUGACAAGAUUGCACAUCAAAUUUACGAACCUGACCAAGUUUGUUACAAUAAAAUAAUUGAUCACUUUGGAAGUGGCAUUAUCGACGUAGAUAAGCGUAUUAAUCGUCAAAAACUUAGCCAAAUUGUAUUUAAUGAUUCGAAGCAAUUAGACGCUUUAAAUAAUAUUGUAUGGCCAGAACUCUUAGUAGAGGUUAAACGUCGUAUACGUGCGCUUCACGAUCAACAUCAGUGCGACGUUGUUGUAAUUGAAGCGGCUAUAUUAUUAAAAGCCGGCUGGGACACUGAGUGUCAUGAAGUAUGGUCUACUAUAGUGCCACCUGAACUUGCUGUGCAACGUAUCGUGCAACGCAAUAACUUAAGUGAGGAGGACGCACGAAAACGAGUCGCAAGUCAAAUGGAGAACAGUGAGGUAGUGUCCAAAUCGCACAUUGUGUUUAGUUCCCAAUGGUCAGAUGAAUUUACCCAACAGCAAGUAGACAAAGCCUGGUCUAUACUAAUGAAGGAUAUAGAAAAGCGGAAACAAAAACAAUCAUCUAGUGCCGAUAGUUCCAUUAAUAAUAGCAGACUUUGAUAUAAGUGCAAUAUUUGUACUCAUACAUGUAAAUUUUUAUCUUUGAUAUUUAAUAGUUACGGCGGAAUGCUAUUAUAUAUCAAGUAAUGUAAAUUGGGUAAAUAUGGAACAAAUAUUAAAUAC